AUGGCCGAAAUUCGUGCACGGAGAAAGUACGAUUUAGAAAGGCGUGAUGUUGAGAAGGGCAAGAAGAUUUCUGUUCAGAAGUGUGCCCAGUGCCAUACUGUGGAAAAGGGAGGCAAGCACAAGACUGGGCCAAAUCUCCAUGGUCUGUUUGGGCAAAAGACAGGUCAGGCUGUCGGCUUCUCUUACACAGAUGCCAACAAGAACGAAGGCAUCACCUGGGGAGAGGAGACGCUGAUGGAGUAUUUGGAGAAUCCCAAGAAGUACAUCCCUGGAACAAAAAUGAUCUUCGCUGGCAUUAAGAAGAAGGCAGAAAGGGCAGACUUGAUAGCAUAUCUCAAAAAAGCUACGAAUGCGUAAUAG